GAAUCCUAUAAAAAGAAAGUAUCCGAGAUCAUAAAAUAUCAGGCUGCCGCACUAAGCAUUCACUUACUGCCAGAGAGACAGACUGGAAGUCGCUUGUCAAGUUUCACCCUGACCUUGUGAGCGUCAGCAAUUUUUUAUUCAUUGAAGCUCAUCAUUUUGAUUCGAUUUUUAGAUUGAGCUAUUGGUGUUGUUAUAAAAGUGGCAUUUCUGUCGAUGGCAAUAACCCGUUUCCUUUUCUGAUUCGUUGAAAAGAGAACACUUACCGUUAUUGACUUUAUUCGCAAGCGGUCAAUUUAACACAUGGACACAGUGUAACAGAGCGCGCGUUUCUGUGAUACCUUUAUGCGUAAUUGGCUAGGCCCGGGUCGCCCGCUUUAUCCUAUUCGAAUCCGUUUUUAUUUUUUGGGCAACAUUUCUAAACAAUUGUUUCCCAAGGAUGCUCGUCCUGACUCGGAAUAGAUUCUGGUGUGUUUUCGUGCUGCUUGUCGCGGCCUUGAGGAUGGGAGAGUCGCAGAAAGCAGAGCGCUCCAAGCCAAACUCCAUCAAAGCGGCUCUGUUGGGAGAGCCCACGCCGGCCACGAACCGUUCAGCCACCCUCCAACCCGGGAUCACCAAGAAAGGCAACAUCCUUGCGCAGGUGUACCCAUGCAGCAGCGAUAAGGAGUGCACUGUAGGAAGCUACUGCCACAGCCCUCAGCAAGCACCCUCCCGCUGUCUCACCUGCCGACGGAGGAAGAAGCGUUGCCAUAGAGACGCCAUGUGCUGCCCCAGCAACCGCUGCAGCAACUAUAUCUGUGUCCCUAUCUCGGAGAGCGUCCUCUCACCUCACAUCUCAGCCUUGGACGACCACAACAAGCUCUCCACCAAGGACAGCACUGUCGACUGGAAGAAGAGUGGGAAAGCAGUGCAGGCCAAACACUCUGUUAAAGGACACGAGGGCGACCCGUGCCUGCGCUCGUCGGACUGCUCCGUGGGCUACUGCUGCGCUCGCCACUUCUGGACCAAGAUCUGCAAGCCGGUGCUGCGGCAGGGCGAGGUGUGCACCAAGCAGAGAAAGAAGGGCUCCCACGGCCUGGAGAUAUUCCAGCGCUGCGACUGUGCCAAGGGCCUCUCCUGCAAGGUCUGGAAGGACGCCACCUCCUCCUCCAAGUCCAGGCUUCACAUGUGCCAGAGGAUCUGAAGGGUGAGGCAGGGCUGUCCGCCGAGGCCUUUCUCUUUGUCUUCCUCCGACCUGCUUUCGGGGGAGGAGAACCAGGAGAUGACAUGAGAUGAGAGACUGGGAAAGAGAGAUUGAGAGAGAGAAUUGAAGAUGCUAAGGGCUGGUUGAUACCCAGCAAACUAAAGCAAAGAAGGAGGUUCUUCUGAGAACAUUUGGCACCGUUCCAUGUAUGAUCCUUCCUGUUUGGUUGUGUUCCAGCUCAGAACAUUCACACAAAGUUCUGAGACUGUUGCAUUCAUCGUUAAGUUGUUCAGCGAGUUCUCGAGGACUUUAUGCAAACCAACAUCUUUAUGUCGAAGGCUCUUCACAAAGUUGGAUGUGUUUUAUGUACAAGUUCCUUAAAAUGUUGCAUAUAUUUUCACAUCAGGAAAAGAAAAGACAUAUCUUUAUUAUAGCCAUCAUUAACCAAUGGCAUAGAAACAUCAUCCUCUUCUAUCUAUCCUUAUGAAGGCAAGACUGCUGUGAUGCACCCUUGGUUUACUAGUUAUGUUUGUUUUUGGCACAUAUUUCACGUAUGAUAUUUUCACACUAAGGGAAUGACAGAAUCCCAGCUAACCGAUACAAGCACUAUUGUAAUCUCACUAUUCUGAUUAAAUGUGGAGCAUUCACUCCAAUAACGUAACCAAUGUGGGAAUCUCCAAACAAAUAGUCGCCUACAGUAACAAUGACUCUCAAACCAACAUGUGGCCUCAACCAUGCUAGUAAAGAACAAAAAGCAUAUAUGUUUAGUAUAGAUUAUGAACAUAGAUAUACAGGUUACUGCCAAAAUAAAGGAAACACCAACAUAAAGUGUUUCAAUAGGUCGUUGAGCCAGAACAGCUUCAGUGCACCUCGGCAUAGAUUUGACAAGUGUCUGGAACUCUAUUGGAGGGAUGCGAGAUGAGUCUUCCACAAGAAAUUCCAUCAUUUGGUGUUUUGUUGAUGGUGGUGGAAAAUGCUGUCUCAGGCACCGCUCCGGAAUCUCGCAUUCGUGUUCAUUUGGGUUGAGAACGAGCCUGGAUUUGUCUCAGUUGAGUCUAAGUGUAGACGUAUGCCAUAGUAAGGCUAUUAAGAGCCUGGAAUCCAAACAUGUUUCGUUUUCUAGAUUUUGAUAGAAUCCAGGCUAGAAUCCAAACAUAUUCAGUUUGAUUGCAGGCUAGAAUCCAAAAGAGAUUCCGUUUGAUUGGUUCAACCACAGGACUGGAGGGUCAGUGGUGUAGAACUGAUACCAGACCCCAAAAUGCCUCUCGUCCCCAAAUGACAUCCAUAUGACUGGAGCUGAGACCACAACCAGGAAUCCAGGAAUUCAAUCAGGACAUAUUGAACACAUGCUUUUAUCUGUUACUACUACUUAUAAAUUCUGAAAAUAUUACCGCAAUUGCAAAUAUGCCCAAUAACCUUUUGGUCUUUUUCCCCCACAUUGGCGAUCUGUAUUCAAUUGAUAAUGCUAAUAUAAUUCACUAUACAAUACCUAUGAAAUGUGACCUGCACCUUCUAGAAUGUUUUAACCUGUAUUAUUUCUCAUGAGUCUGGGAAAAUGCUUACUUUUCACACGUCUUACUGGAUGUACAGUGUACCGACCUGCUCAUUGUUUUUCAUAUUAGAUGAUUUUCAAUGUUAAACUUAACCAGUUGUUCACUACAGUACAUAGUCAAUGCAAUAAUAUGUACCUCCAUUUUGUUUUACAUUUGUUUUCCAGGCACCAUUUCCACCAGUUUUCUAACGUCAAUAAGCUCUUAUAUUGUAUAUAAUGUGGAAACGAUUGAAAUUGUAUUUAAGAAUCAAUGUAUAUCAUGUACAGAUAAUAAUAAGCAUUAGAAAGAUAUUAAGGCAACAACAAAAAGGACGAGGUGAGAUGAUUAAAAGGGGACAUUGCAGCAAGGUUAGUUCAAGCCUGCUGCGUAGAGGCACUGGUGGUCCUGGGUGGGCUUGGGCCCAAUCAGAUUGUGUGGUGUGUUUAUAGGCUCUCUACUUGUCAGUGUUCCAAACGGGACAUUAUUGGUAUUUUCACCUAAAGAUGCAAACACAAUCAGAUAGACUUCAUAGCAAGCAGUGCACUGGAAUGACGUUCAUAUGAACUGGAAUGACAUUCACUUUCAUGGGAUGGGGUGGCCAAAAAUAUGUAACUGAAAGCCACACACCCAAUAAGCCACGAAUACGACCGCAUUGAGGCAAAUGUCACUGUCCUACUGUUUUCAGCAGAUAUUUUCUGUGCAUUUACAGUGAUGGAUGAAUAAAUAAAGAAUGUAUUUUGUAUUACAAA